CGAAAUCGCGUUGUGUUCUCGCGCGACUAGGGCGUUCUCGUCACGUGAUCUGUUCCGCUCUACGCCUGUAGUCGUCCACGAAAUGGAGUGUCGUGAUUCCAAGGAACCUGAGCAGCUCAGGAAGCUGUUCAUCGGCGGUCUGAGUUUUGAAACCACUGAAGAAAGCUUGAGGGCCCAUUUUGAGCAAUGGGGAACGCUUACAGACUGCGUGGUGAUGAGGGAUCCCAACAGCAAGCGGUCCCGUGGCUUCGGCUUCGUAACGUACUCAAACGGCAGCGAGGUGGAUGAGGCCAUGAGUGCCCGACCACACAAAGUGGACGGGAGGGUGGUGGAGCCAAAGAGGGCCGUUUCCCGAGAGGACUCCUGUAGACCCGGCGCCCAUCUGACGGUGAAGAAGAUCUUUGUGGGGGGCAUCAAGGAGGACACGGAGGAGUACCACAUCCAGGAGUACUUUGAGAAGUACGGCCGCAUCGAGUGCGUGGAGAUCAUGGAGGAGCGCUCCACGGGGAAGAGGAGGGGCUUCUGCUUCGUCACCUUCGACGACCACGACACCGUGGACAAAAUAGUCGUCCAGAAAUACCACACCAUCAACUCUUACAACUGCGAGGUGAGGAAAGCCCUCUCAAAACAAGAGAUGAACGCAGUGUCCAACCAGCGCAGUGGAGGUUCCGGAAACUUCAUGGACAGGGGUGGUAAUUAUGGAGGUGGCAACUUCAGAGGUGGCUACGGUGGAGGACGUGGUGGUUAUGGCGGGGACGGAUACGAUGGAUAUGGUGAUGGUGGAAACUACGGGGGAGGUGGUUUUGGCGGCGGUCGCGGGGGCGGCGGAGGAGGAGGGUAUGGUGGUGGAGGUCCCGGAUAUGGGAACCAGGGUGGGGGCUUCGGUGGAGGUGGAUACAACGACGGCUACAACGAUGGAGGAAACUUUGGCAGCGGUGGAGGUGGAGGAGGUGGAGGAGGAGGAGGUGGGAAUUACAAUGACUUUGGAAACUACAGUGGAGGCCAGUCCAAUUACGGACCCAUGAAGGGCGGCAACUUUGGUAGAAACUCGAGUGGACCAUAUGGAGGUGAGACAGGAGGAUAUGGCUCUGGAGGUGGUGGUGGAGGAGGUGGUAGUGGUGGAGGCAGUAGUGGAGGAGGCUACGGCUCCCGGCGAUACUAGCCGUUUGACUGACCCCCUGAUAUGGAAAGAGGAAUUCUCUUCAUGAAAAUCUGUAAAGACCUGAUAACAAGGAAGGUACUGGAUGGGUAAGAUUUGUUUUUCAAAAUAUUAUGCAAGGUUGCCAACUAUUCACUGCCACUCCCUGAACGGGGAAUGAUCUCUAAGGAGUGCUGUUGUCUUUAAUGGCAGACCCAGUAAGUGGACAUGCAAUUAUCAAUACUUAUUUGUUUAAAAGCUGGCAACGAAAAUAGCUUUUGUAUGUCAUACUAUAGGUUCUGCCUUAAAAGACAACACUGUUCCAACUACUGUAUGUGUUAUAUAUUCUGAUCGGAAGAUAUGGAAAGCCAGAAGGUAGCUGGAUUUAAAUAAAAACAGGAUGUAGGGCAAGGGUGACAUUUGAAUGCAGCAAGGCACACAGGUUGAUGUAUCAAAGGGUUUAAAGGAUUUGGAGGGUUGGUUCAGACCCAAGGUUACUGACAAUGUCUGUGUCAACAUAUUAUCAGCCAUGAAUUCUGUUCAACUAAUCCCAGACGAUGUACGCAUGUUACAAAAUUAGGCAGUAGGUGAGCUAUUGACAUCCUUAGUCUUCCAAACUAGUAUUUUUGCAGUUCCUUUAUCUUGGGUUUGUACAACAAAUGUAAGCCCAAACGAACUGUCCUGGCUUGGUGGUUUUGCCUAUAGGGCGUGUACAUCUGAAUGCAUUAUGGGCUUUAUUUUGUUAGGCGAUACUCCUCCAUCUUGUGAUUUUCCCGAGAGAGUUCUAGGACUAACCCUAAAUCAACAUAAAUAUUCAGUAACAUAGUUUGCCCCGUCUUCUAAACGCCAGUCUCUCACAUAAUGACAAAAUAAUUACUAAACAGUGACCAACAUACAAUUACUACCAUAACAUUCCUAUGCUCUUAUACAACCAAAAUGGAGGCAGCCAUUGAAACGUGAAUUGUAGUGGUUGCUUCCAUUUUUUUAAGAAUACGAGCAUUGGGAUAAUUGUGUGGAAUGGUAAUGGUUCCUUUUGUCAUUGUUUAGCUAUCAUAGCUGAAUUCUUAAUACAGCGUUCAGUUGGUAGCUUAACGGUCACCAUCUUUCCUCGCUCAGAAUACUGACCUCCGUCAGCAUUGCAGUGUGUGUAAUCACGAAACAAUCUAGCCAGGGCAGUUUGUAUGCACUGAUGCGUGUUGUACAAAACAAGGGUUCAGCUAAAGGUGCUGCUCGAACCCUCGCUAGGACAAAAAUUGAUGUCAAUGGCUCACCAACUGCUCAGUUUCUCAAUGUGGAAAAUCAUGGCUGCCUUGCAUCACGACAAUAUGGCAUCUUUAGCCCAACACCGCCGGGAAAAAUUCACAAAUGGAUAUUAUUCUGAAACCUCCCACUUCAUUUUAGAUUUCCAAGGGGUGUUGUCAAAGGAUAAAGACCAGAUUAACCUGGCUAUGGGUCUUAGCCAACCAGCAAAAUCCUUAAAUUCAAAGUGAUCUCCAUAUUAUCACACCUGUAUAUUUAUUGUUCACAUGUUACUCAUAUAUGGCCCACUGAGGAAAUGACUGCACUUAUUGACUAUUAUCAUUACACUAGGCUAUUCACGAGGCUUUAUAUAUUCAAUUAUUUAUGACUAUUAGUCAUGUUUUUUAGUCCUAAUUUGUGUUGUAAUAUGCAGUGUUGAGUUCAGGGAUGAAGGCCCACAUGUUUUUGAUGUUUAUUUUUUUUUUAAACGGGCAGGAUUUUUCCAUUUUCUGCAGUAAAUGUCAAGAAUAAACUUUGAUUAAAAGUUUCCAUCUUCA